CUCGACGACAAGUCUGGCCUCGUAGUCAUUCUCAUCGGCAUCGUGUUCGUUGCGGCCGUCAACGGGCACGAUCUCGUCGCGCAUUUGGUGGGGGUUGAUUUUUGUGUGGAUCUGGUGCGGUUUGAUCCGCAGUUGGGUCUUGUGGAGUUCGCGGUGCCUUCGGUUGUGAUUGUUGGGUCCUUGGUGGAGUUUGUGGGGGUUUCGUUGCUUUUGAUUCAGAUGGAGAAGGGAUAUAGCUAUAGGCUAGAGAAACAUGCCCUGAAUUUGCUGAUCGUUGGGCCGGUGCUCUGGGUAAUAGGCUCCAUCCACAACCUGUGUCAAUUCUAUGAGAGAUCGAACAGCCAUGUUCAGAUUCUUCAGAAGUGUGUUCAGAUUCCUUUCCUAAUGGGCAGUCUUCUGUUCUUGGUGGGAGGAUUCUUUAAUCGUCACAACGUCUUCAGCCACAUGAUACUGGCAAAGAGUUGGAUUUGGUUAUGCAUAUUUGGGAGCUUGUUAUUUUUCAUGGGGGGGUUACUGAACAUACUAAAGGUAUUCAAGAUGCAUCAAAUGGAUGGAAUAAGACUAGAAAAGCUCCGAGGUGGUGCACUCGAAAGACUCAUUAGAGAAAGAGAAGGAAAAGUUCCUCUGAUCCUCAAUGAUGACAGCAGAAGGAGGCGGCGAUUUUUGGCGGAGGAUGAUCCCCCACUGCCUCAGACUCCGGUUAUUGCGAGUACUUCAUAUAAGGAGGUGGAGGCUCCUCGGCCUCAGCCGCAGCCUUCUGCUCUUGCGACGCCGUAUAAGGAUGUGCUUAUCAGAGGCAGCAGCCAGGAGGCUUGAAGGGAUCUUUAAGGAAGUUGCCAGGACCGUGCAAUUUCAU